AUGAAUAGAUAUUGUGUCCAAUCGAUGAUUGAAGAAGAGUUGGAUAAGAAAUUGCAAGGUUUUAAUUACCAUAUGGAAUACAAACAAAACCCAAAUUAUUUCAAGGAUAUGCAUAUAACCCGCGGAUUCGACAAAGCUAACACUGAUGAAAUAAUUUCAUCGAUGAGCAAACUUUACGGUAACAGUAAAAGCGCCGCGCAUUACAUCGGUUUGAUAAAAGAGCAUGGUCAAAUUGUCAAGGGCUGUAAUAACAAUGACGGAUCACAUUUUAUCAGAGAUUACUUUACCAAAGCUAUGGUGGCUGCCUCACGGCCUGACACACUCUUUACUAUGAGUCACAUUAAAUGGUAUUACAUUGAUGAAAUGCUCAGAGAAGUAAUUCGAUUCCAACACUUGCGAAAGCAUGAAGUACUUCCCAAUUAUUUACAUAUGCAAAAUAUAUUGAAGCCAUUGUUAAACUACAUCAAUUCACUACCUGUAAACAAUUACGUCCAAUCAGUAACCGAAAUGGCCUUGGAUAAAAAGUUGACAGUUUUUUGCUAA